AGAAGGAAGAGAAUAUGUCAUAUAAUCUCAGACAAAGCUUGUGGGAGAAGAAUAGAUUUUUGUUUCUUUUAUUUGCCAUGAACAACAGUUUGCGGCACGUCAAUCGUACACGAAAACAAUAUGAAUCUGAUAUGAGAUAAUGUCAUGGCUGCAUCAGAGUUUUCUUUCUUUGGCGGAACUCAGAAUCUUGAAGAACAAAAGGAGAAAGUCUUCGGGAUGUUUACAUCAGUGGAAGCUGUAGCUCGGGAUUAGUUUAUGUUUGACGUUCUCUUCAGCUAAUUUUCUUUUUGUUUCUCAUUUUAAGCCAUUAGAGUCGAUAAUUUUCUUUUUGUUUCUCAUUUUAAAUCAUCCAUUCGUAGUAGCUGUCUCUCACAUGACCUGCAGCCGACCAUACACGUUCGUGGUUGAGGUGGUAGUCUCGUGUACCAGAGGAAAGAUUGGCACAAUGAAAGGAUCAUAAUCCACUCAACUAUGGCACUUUAAGAGUUGGAAGUGAAGUCUAAGAUGGAAUCCUCACUUGCUCUGCAGAAGGGAAGGGAAGGGAAUGAGCACAGAAUCACGGCUCUCUCGUUUUGCCAAAGAAGCCAUGGUAUGGUGGUGAUUGGCUGUUGUUUGUUGCAGUAAAGAAACGAAACCCAGAAGCGUCAGCGUCUCUCUCCGCGGGUUUCUCGCUCCAAAAUCUCCACGUAGAGCGAGGACAUAGCAAAAAGUGACAGAGAAAGAUCUGGUGGUAUAACACCACGUCCAGAGUUUAAAGAAGCAACAAAUUGUGAGCCUACAGAAUUAUUGCAGCAAGGAAGAAAACAGAGCAAGAAGAACAAGUUUCUUUAGUUUCUUGUCUUGUUUCAAACCUCUGACUGAUCCCAUUCGUUGCGUUGUUCAAUUUAGUAGAUGCCACAAUCUUCUGCUGUUGCUGAUAUAAAACAGGGGAGGGAGAAGAUGAGUCGUCAGCCAUCGUCCGCCUUUACGAGAGAAAAGAGGAAGAGAAGAACGAAAAAGGAUUAGGCCUUCGAUUGCCAAAACGACACCCACUGAGUUCUUCUUCCCUCCUCUUCUUUUCCUUGUUCCUUCUAUCAUCGUGGACGCAUGAUCCGUCACUGGUCAUAUGAAGACGGGAUAACCAUCGUCGUCAUAAAGGAUCGGGGAUGAAGGGGCUGUUGGAGAUAGGAAUGGAGGACGGGAGACUUCUGCUCCUCAAACUUGGCGUGGCUCUGGCAGUGCCCAUCGCCGGAUACCUCGUCUCCCAUCUCAACUUCCAGACCUCAGCCGAUACUGGAAAUGAUGAAUCUGCAACUGGCCGUAGAUCUAUAGAUGCUGCACCUAUUGGUUGUGGAAGAGACCUCAAAGAUGGGCUCCUCAUUCUACAAAAUGAAGAGGCUAUAGUGAACGUCGUCCAUGGAACUUCCGCUGCUCCUGCCACUAUAACAGCAGUGACCAACAACUUCACAGAGAAGUCUCCUGAAAAUUUAGUGGAUGAAGACGGACUCCUCUUGCAGGAAGUCAAGCAGGAACCUGAGCGUGCGGGGCCGAGGAACUCCACUGGUGACAAGAUUGAGGGCAAGAAGGUGAAAACGGACGCAGAGAUCAUGUACCUUCGCGACCUGGUGCAGUCCCUCUGCGACAGGAUUAGGAGCCUUGAUAUCCAAAUGCUCGAGUAUUAUGGAUCGAAGGAGCAAGAUGCUGCCAUUCGAGAGCUCGAAGGGGAGUUGAAGUUGAACUCAGUGAAGGCUAGCCGUUUAUCCCUGAAGAUCGAGUCCUUGAAGAACGAGAACCAGAGGCUCAAACUUCAGGCAUCGGAGUACCGGAAAAUAGCGCCGGAGCUCGAUUCUGCAAGGGUGAUAAUAAAGCAUCUCAAGAGGAGGAUGAGUUCCGUCCAUGUGCAGGCAAGAGAAGAGAUAGCGUUCCUCGAGCAAAAGAUCAGGAAGCUGAACGAUGUGGAGCACAAGGAUAGCCAAGAGGAUGUGGAUCUCCAAAACAAGUUGAAGAGACUGAAGGAGUUAGAAGACGAGGCUGAUGAACUCGGAAAGGAGAACUCGAUCCUGUCGCAGGAAAACAUGGAGUUGGCACAAAGGUUGGCGUACGCAGAGACGUCCAUCUCCACUCUCGAGAAGCCUCAGGCAGAAGUCAUGGAGGAAGUCCACCAGCUGGGAGAAGCCAAUGACAAUUUGGAGAAGGAAAUCGAGCAGCUUCAAGCAGAUCGCUGCGCAGAUGUCGACGAGCUCGUGUAUCUCCGGUGGCUCAAUGCCUGCCUAAGGUAUGAGCUGAGACAGCAUCAACCCCCCUCUGAGGAAAUCGUUUGCCGAGGAUCUAAGCAAGUGUUGGAGCCCAACAUCAGAGGAGAAAGCGAAGCAGCUCGUACUUGAUUGCACACACGCAUGCAUCGACGAUCAAAAGAACUCGAGGUUUAGGGACCUCGAUGCAGAUUGCUCGUCUCAGGAAUCCAGUGGCGAGUACGAUGAUUCUCCAGUCGAAAGGACCAGCCCACGUAGAUCGAAGUUCCUUGGCGGACUGACGAAGCUGGUGCUAAGAAAAAGGCAGUCGAGACAACAGAGUUGCUUCCUCCGAUGGCGUGGCUUCUUGCCUGCCUGAGGAGAAGUCGGUGAGCAGUCAUUCGACAGGAACCGCUUCGCACGCCGACGACAGAUGGAAGAACAGACCUGCUUGGUUUCGAACUGCUUUUAGAUCCCACUGUAAAGGAACCCGUUGCGAGAGGGAUCUGGCUAUUUCUUACUACCAUGGAGCACAGAAACAUGACCAGUGAAGAUGACAGCAAUAUUUGUCGAAAUAAUUCAUUUCACCAGGGAGAAUCUGAGACUGUUCGGAGACACAGGUACGCCGAAGCUUUCAUGAGGUCUCGCAACGGUCAGCUUCCUUCAGCCACAGUUGAUGGCGCCACUGUUUUAAGUUGCCUUAUGUCGAACAUGUCAUUCGAGGGGACAGUGAAUUUAUUUGUUGGCUUGCUGAUAUGCACUUGGAACUGCAAGAUCACUUUUGCUUCUUAAAUCGAUAGUUUUCAGUGUGUGGUUCUUCUUCAAACGUCGUAGAAAACUCUUUGUGUUCGUGGAGAACUUUGUUCCA